AUGUUUUCUCGCUCUCAGAGCAAGAAACAGUCCACCGAAAACGAUUUGAUCGCCGCCAACCGACUUCUUGUGCAACUCAAAAGGGAGUUGAACUUGAACAUCGACCAGCUGGAAGUGACGCAAGAAAACUCUAAACUGGCGCACAAGAGAGCGGACUCGUUGCAAGAAGUCGCGGACAAACACGCGAAAGAUUUACUGGACAGUCGAACGAAAUGCGAGGAGCAAACGAAAACGAUAGAGCAAUUAGCGAACGCGGUGUUGAAGAGAGAGAAAGAGUUGAGCGAGAACAAAAGAGUGUUGAUUUUGCAAGGAGAGGAGUUGAAAGCGGUGGAGAAGCACGCGAAAGAGAUUGAAGAACGUUUGAACGAGAAGGAGAAAGAGAUGAAGAUUAAGGAAGAGAAGAUGCGAGAAGAUUUACAGGAGACGUUUAAAAGAGAACGCGAAGAGAUGGAAAAAAAGGCGGAAGAGGAGAUGAAAUGCGAACGCGAGAAACACGUGAGUCAAGUCGAGAUGUUGCAAAAAGCGUGGAGUCCCCAGAAAGAAGAAGACGAGAGGAAGAAAAGGGAGCGAGAGGAAUUAGAGACGAAAAGAGAAGCUGAAUUAGUGGAAAUGAGGAAGGAAAUCGAGCGGUUGAACUGGGAAUUGAAGAAGAAAUUAGAGGAAAAAUCGGUGAUACAAUCUCCUCCUCCUCCUCCUCCUCAAAACGACUCUUCAAAAGAGGAAGUCGAAAAGUUGCGCAGAACGUGCAAAGAACAAAGCGAAUCGAUUCAGCGAUUAGAGCGAGAAGUCGAGUCUUUAGACGACGUCAUCAACGAGCAAAUAGCUAUGCUCGAGGAGAACGUACGACUCGACGAAAAGGCUGGAAACGAAAACGAUACGAACGAUGCGAAAGAAAAAGAAGAAGAAAAUUCUAAAGGUGAACGAGAACAGCAACAACGCGCGCGAGAGGAGGCUGUUCACGAUGAAACGCGCGCGGUUCUCGAAACAGCCGUUGCGGAGAAAAAUAAACUUCUCGGCCUGAGAGAUAAAGAGAUAUUCACUCUGAAGAGAUCGAUUGAAAACUUGAAGAGAUCCGCCGAAGUGAAGCAGCGUAACUUUGAAGACAAACUGAGCGAAGAAAUAUCGAAACACGAGCUCGAAUUGAUGACGUUGCAGGCACGACUAGAAGCCUCGAGCGCGAGCGCGAAGCAGUAUGCGGAAGCUGAAGCCGAAGCUAAACGUCGCGUGGAAGUUUUAGAGCGACAAAACUCUAAACGCAUCAUAGAGGAAGCGACUUUACGAGAGACGAGCGUGAAGAAGGCGUCUCAACAAAAAGCGCGGCAAGAGCACGACGUGCUUUCGAAACGAGACGUAUCUUUGGCAGCAGUACCAACACCACCAACAGUACCGGCCGUUACGAAGAAAAGAGACGAAAAACAAAGACAAAACGACAACGACGACGACGACGACGAAGAAGAAGACGAAUCAAUCGACGAAAAAACCGAAAUCGCCAACUCUUCGCAGUCCUCCUCGCCGCCCUUUAGAGACGCGAAAAAGGACGUAGCAAACUUGCGCAAAAAAGUCGCCGAGGCGAGGAAGAACGCUAAAUCAGCCGCCAACUCCCCAUCCUCGCCGAACACGAGCGGAAUAGGAAAGUCAUCUCCAAACGCGCAGAAGAAAUCUGAAAUCAGCGCGCUCGGUGAGCGAAGCAUCGUCAAACGCGCCAUAGAGGCGCAAAAAAGGGUCGAGGAAGCCGCCAAAGGUUUAAACAGAAUAAACGAGAGUCAAAAGAGACUUUUUCAUCAUGAAUUCGUUUGA